UUCUGCAGAAAGUUAAAGGAUGCUUGUCUAUGCCAAAAUGGAGUUUGGUUCUUUAACUUCUCAAUUAAAACAAUGUGCAGUUUCCUUGCCCCAGAAGACAUGAGACUCUGCUUACAGCACUGGAUAGGAACUAAUUGAUGUAAUAAAGAAGGAGGAAGACUGGAGAGCCAUUUUGCAUAAAGGAUAUACACUGGGCAUCUCAUCUACCCCUACUAUCAUAUAAAAGAAGUUCACAUGAGCUGACUCUCCUCUGCCCCUUGCCUACCACAAGCUGAUUCCCUUAAAAGUUGCCUCUGGUCUGGACUUGUAGGAAUGAACCCCAUUCUUUCUACACCAGAUUUCAAAGUAUAGACUUCCAGUAGAUGACCUUGAAGACACAGAAAGCUGUGAUAUGAAGAUUUUGAAGCCAUUCCACUUGUGAAACCAUGAUUUAAAUACAGUAUCAGCAUUAAUAUUUCAACAACAAAAACUUAAGCUUCAUUGGAUUCCCACCUCAAAGAAAAGCUCCAAGCUUUCAGAAAGAAUUUUCAUUCGAAGAUAAAGAACAAUUUACUAACGGCAAAAGAGGAAUCGAUGCUAAGUUUUUAGCUGCACUUCCUAAAGCUACCCCUGGUUUUGCCAGUGACCUGAUGACUUCAUGAAAAUUACCUGAUCUUUGUUUUCACCAAGUGUAACGUGAGCACAAGAAAUAAUCAUUGAGUACCAGUUCAAAAAAAAGUCUUCAUCUUGAAUGAGCUUUGUAACCCUUACUUUAGAAGAAACGGGUUUGGUAGGAGAUCGGAUUUUUUUUCUACUUGGGAAAAAAAAAAAAAAAGAUACCAAGUCCAAAAGAAAUGAGACCAGAAAACAUGCUCUUUUAACAGAAACUCAGUCCAGUUUGAAAGGCCUGCUGGCAAACUGGAGCGUAUCCUGAGUGGUGAGAGGAUGAUCUGCCUGGGCCUAGUCUGAUGGAGCAUCACGCAAUCUUCAAAUACUUAGAAGACUGUCAACUAAAAUGUAGGCUUGUCUGUAUUGCCCGAAGCCAAAGACAAUUACAAAGGGUACAUGAGACUUCAUAUGAGAAAGAAAAUUGCCACAAUUCAUGGUACCUAGAAAUGAAAUGGCCCACACCAUGAUCUGCUAAGCUCACCUCAUUAAGUAUCGAAGGAGAGGUCAUGUGUCCCUAUACUCAAGGUCUAAAGUGCCAUAGAGGGGUUCCUACCUUGAUGGGACCAGGUGUGAAAUGGAAGAGCCCCUCCAAUUUUUAAGACUCCUUCGUAAAAGUCAGAGAAUCUCAAUUUAGUUGGAGUCACAGUGUUUACAAUCUAUAUCAAAACAAAGCAUGACUUUAACAGUAGCUUAGAAAAGCUGACCAAAAGGCAAAGUUCUAUAUAGCAAAAGUUGUUUCCACCAGCUUGAGGAGUCCCUUGUCUCCUUUUUCCACCCAGGUUUCUCUUUUGAUGAACAAUACUAUAAAUUACUAGAAUCAAAAAAAUUAAAAACAAUAUGAGGUGCUAGUCCUUUUAACCACCACCCAUCUGUCAGUUUGUUAUACUGUGGUUGCUUGUGUGUUGCUAUGACACUGGAAGGUGGACUGCCAGUGACCCUGCUGGUGUUUGAAAUAUAGGCCACCACAGUAUGACAGACCAACAGAUGGGUGACGGUCCACUAGUUUAGUAAUUACAUAUUUGAUAAGCUAUAUGACAAUCAGAGCGGACUCUAAAGUUUCAUUUCAAGCACCACCUAUGACGAUGGAUACUAACUGCCAGGCAUUAGGCUUGAAAUGACUUUGAAUUGGAGUCUAGGCUUGAUCAAAAGAGUGCAGCAAUGGCCUAGUGAUGUCUGUCACUGGCUCAACCUAGGGCACUGGUGCCUAGGGGACAGCCUUCCUGUUUGACACCUUUGUACUGGGACCAGUGAUUCUCAGUCCAGAAUGGCACUGUCCCUGUGGGGCUUUGGAAACGUGUGGGGGCAUUUUUGCAUCGCGGUAACUGGGGUGUGUUGCCAUUUGGUGGGAGAGCAAGGCGUACACAACAUCAUGCAGUGCAGGGCUCACAACAAAGCAAUGUCACACUCAGAAGGCCACUGUUGCCUCUAGGGGACUCUCAUCUAUUCCACAGCCAGCAUUCUGCAAGCCCGCAAUGCUGAUGAGGUACACCGCUGUGUCUGUUACAUGCUAGCCGAGGGCUUUUCUUCUUGUCCCCAGAAGUGAGCAGCUGUCAGGUGACAAGUAUUGAGUUGAUCACCCCAGGUAGCAGGGUCACUUGGCCUGCCCUCCCUGUCCCCUGCUUUUCUGUCACUGCCCCAGGCCAUCUUGGGGUUCUGUUUUAAUGAUGAACUAGUAUUCUGACCAUCAGCUUACUUCCUUCUCAUGUUACCUUUGUCCUUACAGAUAUAGAAACAGGGUGGUAAUGACCAUAGGAAAGUACAGUUCUGUGGCGGGUGGGAGGUUUGCACAGUCUCCCGUUUAACUGAUCUUCCCUUCUAGAAUAUGAAGUCCCUGGGUCAUGCAAAUGGUUAAUGUGGUCAGCUGCUAACCGUAAGGUUGGAGGUUCGAGUCCAACCAGAGGCGUCUCAGAAGAAAGGCCUGAUGAUCUACUUCUGAAAAAUCAGCCAUUGGAAACCCUAUGGAGCACAGUCCUACUCUGACACACGUGGGGUCGUCAUGAGUUGGAAUCAACCUGAUUUUUCUAGAAUAUGAGAAAUAAAGAAUGGCAGGAAGCAACUUGUUGCUUAGCUUUUUCACUGUAGUGCUGGAAUCUUUUUUUUUUUUUUAAUGUUUUUAGUUGUAUAAUUUUCGUAGAAAAUUUAAAAAAAUUAAAUAAAAAUGUUAAUGAAGUGAAAGUGAUUUUCAGCAGUCUCAGAACAAAAAAUGUGUAUGUUAACUUUUUCCCAUUGAGGUUACACUAUGUGAGUUAAUAUUUUUAUAUUUACCUAGCUGAAAUAAUUUUGAAGGAGAAAAGGUAUCAUGAAAGUGUCCAUUAUGCUACACAGGACUUUACUAAUAUGUUGCUGUUUUUGUUGCUGGGUGAUGUCGAAUCGAUUCUGGCUCAUAGUAACCCCAUGUGACAGAGUAGGACGGCCCCGUAGGGUUUUCUUGGCUGUAAUCUUAACAGAACCAGAUCACCGGGUCUUUCUCCCUCGGAGCUGCUGGUUGCAGAAUUAAGAAAAAUCUUUGAACCAAAGAGGAAAGAAUUUUUAGAAAUGAAAAGAAAAGAAAGAAUUGCCAGGCGCUUAGAAGGGAUUGAGAGUGACACCCAGCCCAUCCUCUUGCAGAGCUGUACAGGGCUAGUGACUCAUCGCCUGCUGGAGGAAGACACGCCCAGAUACAUGCGUGCCACAGACCCAUCCAGCCCCCACAUCGGCCGAACAAAUGAAGAGGAAGAAACUUCUGAUUCUUCUUUAGAAAAGCAAACUCGACCUAAAUACUGUACGGAACCCCCCGGCGUCCAUGGUGACUCCUCCUAUAGCUCAGGCACCAUGGACACCCAGAGCCUUGAGUCCAAAGCUGAAAGGAUAGCGAGGUACAAAGCGGAAAGGAGACGGCAACUUGCGGAAAAAUAUGGGCUGACUCUGGAUUCCGAAGCCGACUCCGAGUAUUCAUCUCGAUAUACCAGGUCCAGGAAGGAUCCUGAUGCUAGUGAGAAAAGGGGAGGAAAAAGUGACAAACAGGAAGAUUCGAGUAAAGAUUUGAGUUCUGUGUACUCCAGGACUGAGACUGGGGGGCUCCGAACCUGCACGGUUGCAUCCAAGGACUAUGCUUUCCCUGCCAGUGAGAGUGUUUCCGACAGGGAGUUGCUGCUGAACGUGGAAAACCAAAGACGAGUUCAAGAGUUAAGUGCCACCAGGCAGGCCCCUGACCUGUCCCCAGCGGCUGAGAGCACCUCAUCCUUCUCAUUCUCUGGGCGACAAGACUCCUCUUUCAGUGAAGUGCCAAGAUCUCCCAAGCAAACGCACAGAGGACCCCUGUCCUCGCCUAAGCAGCCAGCCUCACCCAGCCACUCCAUUGGUGAUCCUCCGUCACACACAGAGGUUCGAUCCAGUACAGGGAAACCCAAACAUGAGUGGUUUCUCCAGAAAGAUUCCGAAGGGGACACACCUUCACUUAUCAACUGGCCCUCCAGAUCUACUUCAAAUUCAGAAAUGCCAACUGCUGAUGAUGAAGAAAAGGUAGAUGAACGAGCCAAGCUGAGUGUUGCUGCCAAGAGGCUGCUUUUCAGGGAAAUGGAAAAAUCAUUUGAUGAAAAAAACGUUCCUAAACGACGCUCGAGAAACCUGGCAGUGGAACAAAGGCUACGCCGUCUGCAGGACAGGUCCCACACCCAGCCCAUUACCACCGAGGAGGUGGUCAUCGCAGCCACAUUACAGGCAUCUGCUCACCAAAAGGCGUUAGCUAGGGACCAGGCAAAUGAGGUCAAAGAUUCUACUGAACAAGGUGAACCUGAUUCUUCCACUCUCAGCCUCGCAGAGAAGUUGGCCUUGUUUAACAAACUGUCCCAGCCUGUGUCCAAAGCUAUUUCUACCCGGAACAGAAUAGACGUGCGACAGAGGAGAAUGAAUGCUCGCUACCAGACGCAGCCCGUCACGCUCGGAGAGGUGGAACAGGUUCAAAGUGGAAAGCUCAUUCCUUUUGCACCCACUGUUAACACAUCUGUAUCCACUGUGGCACCUACUGUCACGCCAAUGUAUGCAGGGGAUCUUCGGGCAAAGCCAUCUAUUGAUGACAAUACAGGUGCCACCGACUAUAAGUUGCCUUCUUCAGUAGAAAAUUCAGACUCUCCAGUUAGAGGCAUUCUGAAAUCACAAGCGUGGCAGCCUUCGGAAGUGGAUAGCGGGAGCAGAAAAACAUUGAGAGAAUUUGGAGAGACAGAAAGCAAGCGAGUCUUAACCAGUGGAAACAGUUGGGCUAGAAAGUAUGAAUCCUUUGAGGAAGCAGAACCGUCCUACCACAUUCUUAAUAGAGUCAGGGAAGGAGACAGCUAUAAAGAACCUAAAUAUGUUGUCCCAAGAAAAGGAAGCAUGGAGCUAGCGAGUCCUCCCAUAGCCCAUCUUUGUGAUGAGCUGAAGGAAUUUUCCACUGCUAAAAGCCCUGCGCACGGGAACCAGGACUUGAAAGACAGACAACCCUUUGAGGAGAAGGUGGAGAUGGAGAAUGUCAGGAAAAGCAAGUUUUCUCUAAGAGCAGCGGAGCUUGGGGAGCCCACUUGUGAGCAGACCGGCACAGCUGCUGGGAAAGCGGCUGCUGCAGCCGCAACCCCGGUGUCCUAUAAGCAGCCAGACUCUGCAGAGCAAGCUCAAGAGAAGCUCUAUCAGGAUCCAUGUGCCAUGUUUGCUGCUGGAGAGAUCAAAGCACCAGUGGUGGAGGGCAUCCUUGACUCGCCCGGCAAAACGAUGUCAAUUAAAGAAAGGUUGGCGCUGUUGAAGAAGAGUGGAGAAGAAGACUGGAAAAACAGACUUAACAAAAAGCAGGAGUACAGCAAAGCACCUGUCUCAAGCGGCCUGCAUAUACAAGAAGUGGAGCAGUCGCUCAAGAAGGAAGAAGGAGGAUUUACAGAUGAUAAUGCCAUUUCUAAUCUGCUUUGGCGGGUGACAGAGAGCCGGGAGAGCCAGAUGACUAUCGAGGAGAGGAAGCAGCUCAUUACUGUGCGAGAAGAAGCCUGGAAGACAAAAGGCAAAGGGGCGGCCAAUGACUCCACCCAGUUCACGGUGGCCGGGAGGAUGGUGAAGAAAGGUUUGGCAUCACCUACCGCCAUAACGCCGGUAGCUUCCCCUAGUUACAAUAAAACAAGGGGCACUACCCCAGUUUCCAAACCCCUAGAAGAUAUCGAAGCCAGACCAGACAUGCAGUUAGAAUCCGACUUGAAGCUGGACAGGCUGGAGACCUUCCUACGAAGGUUGAACAGCAAAGUUGGUGGGAUGCAAGAAACCGUCCUCACUGUCACCGGUAAAUCUGUUAAAGAGGUGAUGAAGCCAGAUGAUGACGAAACCUUUGCCAAAUUUUACCGCAGCAUGGAUUAUUCUACACCGAGAAGUCCGGUGGAGCUGGACGAAGACUUUGAUGUUAUUUUUGACCCUUAUGCUCCCAAGUUGACCUCUUCUGUGGCUGAGCACAAGCGCGCUGUCAGGCCCAAGCGCCGGGUUCAGGCUUCCAAAAACCCCCUGAAAAUGUUGGCGGCAAGAGGAGAUCUUCUUCACGAGUACACGGAACAGAGGUUAAACGUGGCUUUCAUGGAGUCCAAGCGGAUGAAAGUAGAAAAGAUGUCCUCCAAUUCCAACUUCUCAGAAGUCACGCUGGCAGGUUUAGCCAGCAAAGAGAACUUCAGCAACGUCAGCCUGCGGAGCGUCCACCUGACGGAACAGAAUUCCAACAAUAGCGCGGUGCCCUACAAGAAGCUGAUGCUGUUGCAGAUCAAAGGAAGAAGACACGUGCAGACGAGACUGGUUGAGCCGCGAGCUUCAUCCCUGAACAGUGGGGACUGCUUCCUUCUUUUAUCUCCCCAUUAUUGCUUCCUGUGGGUAGGAGAGUUCGCAAAUGUCAUAGAAAAGGCAAAGGCCUCAGAACUUGCAACUUUAAUUCAGACGAAGAGGGAACUCGGUUGUAGAGCUACUUAUAUCCAAACUAUCGAAGAAGGAAUUAAUACACACACCCAUGCAGCCAAAGACUUCUGGAAACUCCUGGGCGGCCAAACCAAUUACCAAUCUGCUGGAGACCCCAAAGAAGACGAACUGUAUGAAACAGCCAUAAUAGAAACAAACUGCAUUUACCGUUUGAUGGAUGACAAACUUGUACCGGAUGAUGACUACUGGGGGAAGAUCCCCAAGUGCUCCCUUCUGCAACCAAGAGAGGUAUUGGUGUUUGAUUUUGGCAGUGAAGUUUACGUGUGGCAUGGAAAAGAAGUCACCUUAGCACAACGAAAAAUUGCAUUUCAGCUGGCAAAGCACUUAUGGAAUGGAACCUUUGACUAUGAGAACUGUGACAUCAAUCCAUUGGAUCCUGGAGAAUGCAAUCCACUUAUUCCCAGAAAAGGACAAGGGCGGCCUGACUGGGCAAUAUUUGGGAGACUUACAGAACACAAUGAGACGAUUCUGUUCAAAGAAAAAUUUCUUGAUUGGACGGAACUGAAGAGAGCGAGUGAGAAGAACGCCAGUGAACUUGGCCAGCAGAAGGAAGAUCCUCGGGCCGAGGUCAAGUCGUAUGAUGUGACGCGGAUGGUGCCAGUGCCCCAGACAGCCACCGGCAGUGUCCUGGACGGGGUGAACGUGGGCCGUGGCUAUGGCCUGGUGGAAGGGGAUGACCGGCGGCAGUUUGAGAUCACCAGUGUCUCAGUGGACGUGUGGCACAUCCUGGAGUUUGACUACAGCAGGCUCCCCAGACAGAGCAUUGGGCAGUUCCACGAGGGGGACGCCUAUGUCGUCAAGUGGAAGUACAUGGUGAGCACCGCAGUGGGAAGUCGGCAGAAGGGGGAGCAUCCCAUGAGAGUGGCUGGCAAAGAGAAGUGUGUCUACUUCUUCUGGCAAGGCCGGCACUCGACCGUGAGCGAGAAGGGGACGUCAGCGUUAAUGACUGUGGAGCUGGACGAAGAAAGGGGUGCCCAGGUCCAGGUUCUUCAGGGAAAGGAGCCCCCCUGUUUUCUGCAGUGUUUCCAGGGAGGAAUGGUGGUGCACUCAGGGAGACGGGAAGAAGAAGAAGAAAAUGUGCAAAGUGAGUGGAGGCUGUACUGCGUGCGAGGAGAAGUCCCCAUCGAAGGAAAUUUGCUGGAAGUUGCAUGUCAUUGUAGUAGCCUGAGGUCCAGGACGUCCAUGGUUGUUCUCAAUGUAAAUAAAGCCCUCAUUUACCUGUGGCACGGAUGCAAAGCACAAGCCCACACAAAGGAGGUUGGAAGAACUGCAGCAAAUAAAAUAAAGGAACAGUGCCCCCUGGAGGCAGGACUGCACAGCAGCAGCAAAGUGACAAUACACGAGUGUGAGGAGGGGUCGGAGCCGCUGGGAUUCUGGGACGCUUUAGGAAGGAGAGACAGAAAAGCCUACGACUGCAUGCUACAAGAUCCUGGAAAUUUUAACUUCACGCCCCGCCUAUUCAUCCUCAGCAGUUCUUCUGGAGAUUUCUUAGCCACAGAAUUCAUGUAUCCUGCCCGAGACCCCUCUGUGGUCAAUUCUAUGCCCUUCCUACAAGAAGAUCUGUACAGCGCACCACAGCCAGCACUGUUCCUUGUGGACAAUCAUCAUGAGGUGUACCUCUGGCAAGGCUGGUGGCCCAUUGAGAAUAAGAUCACCGGAUCCGCCCGCAUUCGCUGGGCCUCAGACCGGAAAAGCGCCAUGGAGACGGUGCUCCAGUACUGCAAAGGAAAAAACAUCAAGAAGCCGCCCCCCAAGUCGUACCUUAUCCACGCUGGUCUAGAACCCCUGACGUUCACCAAUAUGUUUCCCAGCUGGGAGCACAGAGAGGACAUUGCUGAAAUCACAGAGAUGGAUACGGAAGUUUCUAACCAGAUCACCCUUGUGGAAGAUGUGUUAGCCAAGCUGUGUAAGACCAUUUAUCCACUGGCCGACCUCCUAGCCAGGCCACUCCCUGAGGGAGUCGAUCCUCUAAAGCUUGAAAUUUACCUGACCGAUGAAGACUUUGAGUUUGCACUAGACAUGACACGGGAUGAGUAUAACUCGCUGCCCUCCUGGAAGCAGGUGAACCUGAAGAAAGCUAAAGGGCUGUUCUGAGCGCUGGCGCGUCGUCGGGAGAGCG